UGUUUAGUGUUUAGUGUUGGUGUUUAGUGCCCCGUCGACCUCCGCCAUGGCAGCGUCCUACUUGCUCCUUGCAGCUGUCCUCUCUACAUCACAGGCUCUUAAACUACCGUGGUACACUCCAGCAUGUAGUCGUAACGAUCCCAAUCUCAAUGACUGCGUGGUCAAACACGGUCAGCAGGCUAUACCGCACUUCAUCAACGGAGACCCUAAGUACCGAGUGCCCAAGUUGGACCCUCUUGUGAUUGACCAGCUGGCUGUGAGGCAAGGCACGAGGCAGGUCGGCAUCAACCUCAUGGUCAGAGAGUGCAAGAUCUACGGCCUCAAGAAUGCACAGUUCAUCGCUGCAAGAACGGACUUGAAAAAGAGACACAUUGAGUGGGACUUCAAGUUUCCCUCUGUUUUCAUCCGAGGCAUCUACAACAUCACUGGCCAGGUCCUGAUCCUGCCAAUCAUGGGGAACGGACACGCCAACAUCACAAUUAAUGAUCUGACGAUAACAUACAAGUAUGACUGGGUUCUGAACAAGAAAGGCUCCAAACACUACAUGAACUUUACCAAAAGUAGUCUGGACUUUGACAUCGGGGGAGCAUCGUUCUACCUGGAAAACCUCUUCAAUGGGGACAAACUGUUAGGAGAAAACAUGAAUUACUUCCUCAACCAAAAUUGGCGAGAGGUGACCAAAGAGCUCGGCCCGGCUAUAGGAGAAGCUAUAGGCGAGGUGUUCCGACUACUACUGACCAACAUCGCAGACCUGGUACCUUACGAGUACAUCUACCCUGACACACCCGCCAAUGCUACAUCCACCACCACGAGCAAACCGGAGAAGGCGCCUUGAUGACGUGCUGCGCAUAGGAACGAAACGUUGUAUGUACAGGACUGUGGGACUUACAGACCUAACGAAGGAAAGAAUAAAUAGACAGAUUAGAAUGCAUUUUGUGAGAGAAGAGACAAUAAGACCAAAAAGAGCUCUAUAAUAUAAUUUUAUAUUGUACUAAGGGGGAAAAGUAUUUAUAUACAUUUUUCGUCCUAUGGCAUAAGAAAUUAAUAAUUGUAAAUUUAGGAAGAUUUUGUUCAUUUUACCAAAAUGGUUAUAUCUUCAAUUUGAAACAAUUUUUUUAACAGCCAACAUUAUAUAGGUUACAGAAUUAUUAAGGAAUUCAGUAAUAACAAAUUAUAAGAAAGUCAGCUUUUCGUGAUUGAGCAGAAGGAAAUUUAAAAAAUAAUAAAACACGGGAUUAAAUUAGACAACCCUCUGAAAUAUUCUCACAAAUUUAAGAAAAAGUUUGAUUAAACAUUAGGUUCUGCAACUACAGUAUAACUAUACGCUAUUGGCAAUUCAAUAAAGGUAGUGCAAUAGCCGGCAGAGAAGCAUAGCGUCCAAGUGAAAAUGUUUUAUUAAUGCGUUUCCAUUAUACAUUAGUGACUCUAAAAAUUCUUUUAACUUUAAUAUGUUCAGUGAAUGCCAAGAUUUAAUGUUUUAGAGUCCUAAAGAGGAUUUUCCUUUCACAUUACUUCUCUUUACAUUUUACUUUUAUCAUUAGUUAUGAUUCUUAAAAAAGUGGCUAGAAUUGUUGUAGACAUUUUCAUAAACCUCCGGAUAAUAUUAGAUGAAGGAAAUAAUAAUGAUGCCAAGAAUUAUCACUUGCAAAUCAUUGAACAACAAGUCAUUGUACUCACGUGUGUUUUUUCAAGGUCAACCUUGACUAUCAUUAUGACUUGGUACAACGUAUUCAUCAUUAUGUACGUAUUCAAAGUAGACACUUCCGCAUUCUUUUGCACCUCAGCUUAAAUACUUUUAUUAUAUUUAGUUGCUAAUGUUGAAUCAAACUAAAACACGAGCUAUUCAACGCUUAUAAACUGAGUUCCAAAGGAAAUAGAUAAGUUAAAUAAUGCAUAGUUGCAUUAACAAUACUAAUCUGGUUUGAGAAAAAAAUACAUAAAAUAUAACUAUUUUUUAUUUUUUUUAUUUACGGCUAAGAGUAAUAAAUAUUUGUCGAUUGUUGCAAGGCAUUAAUGUUCCACUUUCAUCAGCUGUUUAAUAUCAUGAAAUCUUAUUGUACAGUAAGCUUUAUUGUAUUUAUGUAAGGUAUGUAUAUUUUACGAAGAGUGUUAGAGUAAACUAGGAUAAUAUGUGCUGUAAAUGUAU